GAUCUUGAUCUUAAUCCUCAUUAGCUUUCUCCAAACAUUUGUAUUUGUAUCUUAAUCUCUUUAAAAAUGAAGUUCUCUCUGCGUUUGAUCUCAGCCCUUCUCUUCUCGGUCAUGCUCCUCUUCGCCACAGGAAUGGGUCCUGUGGAAGCCAGAACGUGUGAGUCACCAAGUAACAAGUUCCAAGGAGUUUGUCUCAACUCACAGAGCUGUGCCAAAGCUUGCCCUAGCGAAGGUUUUUCAAGCGGCCGAUGCAGUAGUCUCCGUUGCUACUGCUCCAAAGCCUGCUAAUUUAUCAACAAAUCAUUUAAUCGAAAUCAAAAACCAAUUGAUAUUAUCCUAUCUUUCAUCGUUUUCUAAUUUCAUUUCGAGAGUAAUAUAAUAAUCUUGAAAGGGACUAUUUGUUUUGUGUUCUUUGUAUAUAUAAUUUUGGUUUUUAAGUAAGAAUUUCAAGUUUUUAUGUAUUAAAUUUGCUAAUUAUUA